AUGGCUGACCAGGUGGCCGCCAUGUGCGAUCAGCUUAUCAAAGCUCUGAAUGUGAUGAUGGAUGCAGAAACAGGACAAGUUUACCGGCUGGAGGCCCUAAAGUUUUGCGAGGAGUUUAAAGAGACCAGCUCCUUCUGUGUCCCAUGUGCCUUGCAAUUGGCUGACAAAGCCCAGCCAGCUGUUGUAAGACACUUUGGUUUGCAAAUCCUGGAACACGUAAUCAAGUUCAGAUGGAACAACAUGCCACAACAAGAGAAGGUCCAGUUGAAGGAAUGUGCCAUGCACCUGUUAUCAACUGGUACUCAUUCUAUCCUAGAGGAGGAGAGCCACAUCAAAGAUGGCCUGUCAAGAAUCACUGUGGAAAUGAUAAAGAGAGAAUGGCCUCAACAUUGGCCAGACAUGCUGAAAGAGAUGGAGGCUAUCACUAGCAAUGGGGAGGCUCAGACAGAGUUGGUGAUGUUGAUCCUGCUGAGACUGGCGGAGGAUGUGAUCACGUUCCAGACGUUGCCCACCCAGCGACGCAGAGACAUCCAGCAGACCCUCACCCAAAACAUGGAAAGCAUCUUCAGCUUCAUGAUGGCCAUUCUGCAUCUUAAUGUGGAGGAAUACCGCAAACUGAAAGGGUCUCCCGAACAUGAGCUGCAGGCCAGGGCUCACUGCAGAGUUGCCGUGGCGACGCUGAAUACACUUGCAGGCUACAUCGACUGGGUGUCUCUGGUGUACAUCACCUCCGGAAACUGUCAUCUGCUGGAAAUAUUGUGUUUACUGCUGAGUGAACCGGAGCUGCAGCUGGAGGCAGCCGAGUGUCUGCUCAUCGCUAUCAGUCGGAAGGGCAAGCUGGAGGACAGGAAGCCCUUCAUGUUGCUGUUUGAUGAUGUGGCCAUCGACUACAUGCUUUCUGCAGCCCAGUCAGCGGAUGGACUGGCAAUAUGUAUGAAAUCCAAUGAAUCACAAGCAGUGGAUGUGGUGGAGCGGCGCUACAUCUUCCUGAAGAGGCUGUGUCAGGUGCUGUGCGCUCUGGGAGGCCAGCUCUGCUCAUUAGUGGGUUCAGAUGUAGAGGUUGAAGUACCUGCAAAUCUCAGCAAGUACAUCGAAGCCCUUUUAGCCUUCACUACACAUCCCAGUCAGUUUCUGAAGAAAACCACCCUGCCUACCUGGGGAUCUUUGUUCAGACAUGAGGCUCUUUGUAAGGACGCAGUAGUUGUACAGAUGGCCGCCAAAUUCCUCAGAACGUCUAUGACCAACCUAGUCAAGGCUGGAUUUCCAUCUAGAGACGAUAACCCAAGUUGCCAGUACUCCUGUGUGGACUUUGACAGUGACGAGGACUUCAAUUUCUUUUUCAACUCUUAUCGGGCGCAGCUGGGACUGGUGGUGAGGUUUGCAUGUCGCAUUGUUCCUCUGGAGGCGUUCCAGAUAGCAGCAGAAUGGUUACACUAUCAGAUCAGCAGCCCUAUUGAUACUGGGGCUAUCACAUCUAAGACUGCCGAGGGCCUGUGCUCCUUCCUGUCUCCAUCAGUGGUGCAGUGGGAUGCAAUGACUGUGUUCAUGGAGUGUAUGACCACACAGAUCUUCAAAAAUCUGGAGGAGGAGAAGUUGCCCAUAGAUCAGAGCAUGGAGCUGCUGCAGGCCGUGCUGAACUACGACACCAAAGACCCGCUCAUCUUGUCCUGUGUGCUCACCAACGUCUCUGCUCUCUUCCCGUUUGUCAUACAUAGACCAAACUUCCUGCCACAGGUCCUCUACAAGCUGUUUAAAGCAGUCACAUUUGAGGUUGGUCAGGAAAAUAAGGCACCUCGGUCCCGAGCUGUAAAGAACGUGAGACGGCACGCCUGUUCUUCAAUCAUCAAAAUAUGCCGAGACUACCCUAGGGUCCUCUUGCCUUGUUUUGACAUGUUUUACAACCACGUAAAGAAGCUGUGCUCGAGCCAAGCCACGCUCUCUCAGACGGAAAGUUCUCUAAUGGAGUCUCUGGUGCUCAUCAGUAACGAGUUCAAAGACUUUGAAAAGCAGAAGGCUUUUAUAGACGAGCUGAUGGCUUCAGUGGUUGCAGACUGGACCUCGGAGGAGAUGAGGCAUGUGCUGUCGAACCCUGCCGUGUACCUGUCCUUUGUCGGGGCCGAUCAGGUUGUCACUGAGCAGAAUAAAGAUGCAGACACAUCGGGCCUUAAUAGAACGCGGCUGAGUUUCUGCUUGUAUGCCAUGAUGGGGGUGGUGAAGCGUGCGCGCUGGCCUGCCGACCUGGAGGAAGCCAAAGCUGGGGGCUUUGUGGGGGGCCUCACCGCCACAGGAGCUCCCAUCUACAGAAACCCCUGCACUGCCCAGUUUCUGGCCUUUCUGCCCAACCUGCUGGCUCUAAUCAGGACCCAAAACAGUCUGUUCACUCCGGAGAACAUGGCUCGUCUGAGUGAGACCUUCUCCAGGGCCCAUGAUGUGAUGGACGCAGAGAAAAAAGUGGUUCUUGGUCUCUCUCAGAACCUUCUGGACAUUUAUGACACUGCUGUGUAUAGAAGCAACCUGGAGCGAAUGCAGGGAUUCUUGUCCACGUUGUAUGACAACUGCUUCCAUGUCCUGGGAAGCGCAGGUGUGUCCCUGCAGCAGGAUUUCUACACCAUUGAGAGGCUGAGUGAAGAAAUAGCUGGCUCUGCUUUUUCGUCCCUGGACCAUGUGCCGGACCACAGACUUCGCCCUAUGAUUCGGGUGUUUCUGAGGCAGUUGGUGCUAUCGUGUCCUCAGGAGUACUACAACAGUCUACUGUGCCCCCUGCUGGGACCUUUGUUUGCCUACAUGCAGCAGAGACUCAAUGUCAAGUGGCAGGUCAUCAGCCAGAGGACCUCUGUCAAUGGUGAGGAUGAGGAGGUGGUGGUGUGUCAGGAGAGCCAUGUGACGCAGGAGAUGUUGGAGGAGCAGCUGGUCCGCCUGAUCACCAGGGAGGUGCUGGAUCUUCUCUCUGUGAGCUGCAUAUCUAAAAAAGGACAUGAACCAGCAGCAGAUAAAGAGGAAAUAGAUGAGGAAGAGAUGAUGAUGGAUUCGGCGCAGACGGCGUCUCCUGCCCAGCCCACAGAGGAGCUGAGUGAGCUGGGAAAACACCUGUUGAAACACGAGAACAUCUACAUGAGCAUGUUGACCCUCGCCUUUACCUCCCUGUCGUGGAAGGACACCACCAACUGUCACCGCACUGCUUCCAUGGUCUGCUGGACACUUCUGCGCCAGGCUAUCGGGGGUAAUCUUCUUCCUGAAGCAGUCACAUGGUUUUAUACCAGUGUCCUUAGGGCCCUUCAGGUUCACGGGCAACAUGAAGUCUGCAACUCUACCCUCUCUCAGCUGGCUAUGCUCAUCUAUGAAAACCUGCGAGCUCGCUAUCCAGAGCUAAGAGUAGUGAUGACCCAGAUCCCAAACAUCAGUGUGGAGGCUCUGGACCAGUAUGACCACCGGCUCUUGGACCCUAAUGCCCAGAAGGUUGGAGACAAGAAGAGGAAAGACCACUUCAGGAAGCUCAUCGAAGGAACCGUUGGGAAAGCUCUGUGCCAGCAGUUCAGGAAGGAGGUUCAUAUCCGGAAUCUUCCAUCGCUCUAUAAAAGCCCGAAGCCGGACAAGGAUGUAGUGCAGAACAGUGAAGCAACAGGCCUGGAAGCUCUCUUCGCCCCAGAGAAGAAUACCCUGUAGGAACACAGAGUGCUUCUAAUGGACUUCAUACUGACUGCAGAGAGUUAUGUGUACAAACCGGGGUCUCCGUCACCAUCCUCCAGCUGGGGAAGUGCGGCUCUCCCUGACAUGACUGUCAACACCGCUGUUUCUCAAUAGGUCAUCUUUAUUUUUACCAUCGAUGUACCACAGCACCACUCAUAAAAUCUUCCCACCAGUCAUUUGUACAAGCAAGUAUAACACAGCAGAUCCAUUUUUAAAUCCGAUUGCACAUUACGUCUUGAUUCCUUUACUCUUAGCAAUUAAUGAGGUGUGGAAGAAGUAGUAGUGAAGACUUCAGAUUAAAGUAUGUUUCUUCGUCGUAUUGUGGGAAGAGACAAUCUGAAAAUAGCUACCAACCAUUAUUUUAUAUUCUUCAGCAGAAGCUUAAUUGAGCCACAAAACUAUUUUCUAACAGGAUGAUUCAGCCGUUUGUAGGCGCCAUUAUUUGCUCAUUGACCAGCAUCAUUCACACUAAUCAUGUCAGAUUUAUGGGACAAUGGUAUCAAACGGCGAGUUCAGCUGUGGUUUGACAUUCAUUAUAGAAAUUGGCGUCUAAUGAUACCUAAAAAGGUAAAGAAAGUAUAGCCAAUAGCAACAGGAGUAGCCUGUUAGGAAGGAUUGUGUGUGUGUGUGUGUGUGAGUGUGUGUGUGUAAACCUUUUUUUGUGUAAAAAAAUAUAUAUUUUACAGAUUUGUUGUGCAACCACGCUGCUGCUGCUGCGGUCAAGGCCGGUCCAGAAGAAGAAAUGUUUUGGACAAAUCCUGGUUCUAAUUUCUGAAAGAAUGCAAAAAUGUACCUCAUGUACACCGUGCCCUUAGAUGGGGUGAAGAUGCAUCAUGGAAACAUACCCUAAGAAAAUAAAGCAACUGGAUAUUGUAGAUAUGAUUAUGAACAGCAAUGUUUUAGUGUGCAGAUAUUACAAAGCAGUUGUUUUAGCACGUCUAAUACUACAAAUAAUGAAGCCAAAUGUUGUGCCAAAACACUCAUGCUAGACCUGAUGACCAACGUGACCAUACAAUCAUUUCCGAGAAACAAAACUACUACAUAUAUAGUUUUCACAAAGAUUGUUUAUGAAUAAACUUAACAACUAAUGUGUAGCUUAAUCCAAGUCUUUAAUUUUUCUUUUUUUAUGUUUUUUUGUAUUUGUGCAUUUGCCAUUAUUCAGAGUGCUAAACAUUAAAAAAUGAAAAUGAAAAUGGUGAACCAGACAUACAUUCCUCCAUUUUCAAGAGAUUGUUUUUUAAUCAUGAUUUGGUGGAUAUAUCUUACUCUUAUAGAUCUGCUAUGCUAGAUAUGAUGAGUACUGUGUUGGGAAGAUUGGUCUGAAAUUCUAGAUUACAUUUGACUGAAAACGGGUUCACAUCCUACUUGCCCUGUAAAAGAAACAUUUGUGAAGCUUGGAUAUCCAAUGAACCGAUUUACCUGUCUUUGUGAUGAUUGUUCACCUUCGGCCAUUUAAAAAAAAAAGAACUUACUUACACUAACUUGUUCUGUUCAAAGGAGAAAAUCGUUUUUUUUUAUUUGGUGUGGUUUAUACUUUGUUUUAUUUUUAAAUAAAUGAAUCAAUAUUGAUCUUGA